UCAGGAAACAUCUUCACCAGGUGUGUCGCAUUAUGACGCCUGUUACCUAUAUGGACUUAAUUUCAGUGCGUGACGGCCAGAUGAUACAGAGCCAAUGUUCAAUGACAAUGCAGGCGAAAAUGUCCUGAUGCGGCGUUUGCAAGAGACUGCGGCUGCAGAUGAGGUCAUAUACAAGUUUGAUUUAUAAAAGCGCAUCUCUAAUUGGAGAGCGUCUUAAUUGAUGGAGAUCAUCCACAUCGGACACUGACCUCGAGUUACACCGUUUACCAUCACAUCGCAGGCUCAAACACGCAGAUUCUGCUUUUUUUUCCUUUUCUUUUUGGAUGUUAUUGUCCCUCUUUGGACACAGCUACAUUUGGUAGGCUACCCUUGAGUGACAAUGCCGGUGAACGCGCUGCCCCGCGGCGGCAGCAGCGGUAUGGGCGGCCCGGGGUCCCUGAGCCCGGCGUCGCUGUCCCGCAGCCUGUCUCGACUGAGGGAGUACCGGACCCGAACCCGGAUCAUGCUGGCCCUGGGGGUCUCUCAAAUGGUCCUGGGGAGUCUCAUCUUGGCCGUCAGCUUCGCGGCUCUGGCUCUCACCACGUCACCCAGGGUCCGGCACUCCUGCCCCUUCUGGGCAGGUUUCUCUGUUCUGCUCUCUGGACUGAUCGGAGUGGUGUCAUGGAAGAGGCCGCUCUCUCUUGUGAUCACAUUCUUCAUGCUGCUGUCAGCAGUUUGUGUGAUGCUCAACCUGGCGGGCUCCAUCCUCUCCUGCCAGAAUGCUCAGCUGGUCAACUCACUGGAGGACUGUCAGCUGUGUGGAUGUGUGUUCUCCCCUCUUCCCCCCCAGCUCAAGUUUGACAGCGAUGGAGUGUGUGUAUGCUGCGAGCUACAGAAACAGAGUUCGAGUUGCAACAACCUGGGAGAGACACUGAAACUGAAUCCUCUGAGGGACUGCAAUACCAUACGCCUCCGUCUCAAGGAGCUGCUGUUCAGCGUAUGCGCUCUUAACGUCAUCUCCACCAUUGUGUGUGCUCUAGCCACUGCCAUGUGCUGUAUGCAGAUGGUCUCAACUGAUGUGCUGCAGAUGUUUAUGCCACACAGAGCACGAGCCCUAAAUGCCGACUGUAUGACACCCCAUGGAACCAUCCUCCACCAAACACUGGACUUUGAUGAGUUCAUUCCUCCUAUUCCUCCACCGCCAUACUACCCGCCAGAAUACACCUGCACCCCCUCAAUGGAUGGACAGAGAGGCCUGCAUCUGGACUUCCCCCAUUCUCCCUUCAGUGCCAUCUAUGGGGUGCCCAUUAACAGCCCAGGGACUCUGUACCCAACUGACCUGCCCCCUCCAUAUGAGUCUGUGGUGGGGCAGACCCCUGCAAGCCAGGUCACCAUGAGCAUAGAGCAGCAGGCCACUGAGUCCAGUCUAUGUGAUAGAAACACCACUGCAGGAAUUAGUACUCAAGCCUCAGUGGACAGUGCGUCCCUCAUGGUGUCAGAAGUGGCUGAUCAGGACCAGACUUGCUCCUCAGAGGACUUGUGUUCCUUAGAGGUCCAGGGCUCUGACUCCUCUCCCUAUGGUACACUCCACACUGCGCCCACUGAUGGAAGCUGCACCAGCCUGGAACUUUGUACACGUGACGCCUCACGCCGCCAUCUUGGCCUCCCUAACAGUGACGCUCGCCCAAGUGACACUGGAUACAGUGAGUCCUCACACACCCAGGAGUCUCUUGAACGCUCUCCAGACUGGUCCUCAGAGAACUAUAGUAAUCUGGACCAGGAGGAUUCUACAGACAACACACACGGGUGUGAGGAACUCAGGGGUGCCAUGCACAUAUCUGAUGAGCUUGCAUCAGCCAAACAGUUGCCAGAGGAGCCACCUAAAGCGCCAACGCACUCCCUCAUUAAAGCACGAAUGAUGAGCCGGAAGCUCACUCUCCCUGUCACUAUCCCCCCACCACCUCAGCCUUGCUCCCCCACCUCUGUGGCCUCCUCUGGUGGAACUUCAGCCAUCAGCCCUAUGGCUCCUUCUCCUUCUCCAUCCCCUCCUAGCAGGCUACGAGGCCCCAGGCUGUGCUUCAGCGUCUGGUCACCCUCAUCUGCAUCACAACCCCCCUCUACCUCAGCUCAAAGUGGCUAUUUGCCCUCAGAGAGGCCUCGGGUGUUCCGUGCAGCCAGGAGGUACCGCAAACUGGCACGCAUUGUUCGCUCCACCAGUGACCCUAUCUCCUGCUCUUCUACGUCAGGAAGAGAAAAUUGUGGCUGCGCCUCCGCAAACAACCCUGCUGCUGAAGAUUCAGUUCAUACAUCACCAGAGCAAGAGUCAACAGAUGUUUCAACAGAAGGAGUUGGAGCUAAACCCAGCCACAUAUGUGUCAGGAAGCAGCAAAAGGAGGGCAGAAAAGUUGAUAUCCACCUUAAACCCCGAGCUCUGCACACACACUCUUCCCAUGAGCGGCCGCAUUCCCUGGCUGACCUUAAAAUGUACAAAGACACCAAAAUAUUGGUGGCCAAGUUCCUGGAGCACUCAAGCUGCAGUCUACCUCCUGAAGUCCAGCAGGUUGUCAACAACAUCAAGUGUGUCAUCAAGUCCGAUGAGAAACACAUGGAGGAGGCCAUCUUUAGUGCCAAUGUCAUAGAUCAGAUGAUGACCCAGCGUAUCAUAGGCAGUCCCAGGAAGCGUGGCCAUGAGGAUCUUCACCUCCAGAGCUGCGGUGCUUUGAGUUCAUCCCCGUCCCCUUCCAUGCGCCGUCCAAAACACCUCCCACAAACAACCAGCAGCUCUACCAACCCGCUGGACUCCCCCUCCUCUGAACAAAGCCUUGAGUACAGAGAAACGAUUCUCUGACCGCUCUCCGAACAAGGACUCGGGUCUAAACUAUGAGGGCAUAUCAGAGUGCUGGUGUUGCAGCCACGCUGUGCUGUGCUGCGCAGCAUGUCUGUACAGCAAGGAAUAACUCUUUCCGGCAUUGUGAGAUCACUUAUUUGCACAGUGUCACUGCAGCACAGGUAAACUGAAAUGGUCUCAUACUGUAUCUCCUAGUGCCCUGUGAGACCGUGCCAAGUCAUCAGCAGAAAUGGUAGCAAACUCAGACUGAGCCUGCCAGUGUCUGUAGUGGCUUCUUUCUCAUCAGAAAAACAAAAGAAUGUUUCUCCCUCAGGGGAUCUUUUCUACUGAGUUUCAUCUCUUAAAAAAGAAACAAAUACACAGCUGGUAAGUUGGGAUCUGUGACUCAAAGACGAAGGAGAUUGUGUUAUCAGUAUUCUUCUUGUCCUUAUAAGAAACAGGGAGAAAUAUGUUUGUAUUAAACUGUGAACUGAACCGACUGGGCAUUACCAGCCAUUGUUUGCAGACUUUGUGGAACUGUUACUGAUAGGGUGGUGAAUAUUUUGUGGUGCCGCUGGUUCAAGAACAUCGCAGACAUUUUAACUUACCUCAUUGUGUUACAAUUCUUAUCAGUGUUACAAUAAAA